AUCCUGUAUCACCGUGGCUAGGAGGUGUAUGUCACUCCCCCUCGGGGUGACUCAUAGCUGCCGGGAACCUCACAUAUAAUUAUUUUAGAGGGGACAGGAAGUAUCACCCCCCAACUUGUGGAGCGGGGACGUGUGAAGGGUGACGGUGGGGGUGGGGAUGUUGGGGUAGGAGGUGUUGGAACGCACCCCACAGCAGCGGACACAGCAGAGAGGACAGCCGAUCACCAUGAAGUCCACUCCCCAAUGUCUUGCCUUCUCAGUCCUCCUCCUCUUCCAUCAUCUCCCCACCAUUUGCCCCCAGUGCCACCGUGCCGUUGGUAAAUCCUGCCAUGUCCCCCCGGCUCCUGGCACCAACAUUCUGGGUUCAGGUUUGGAUGUCACCACCAUGUCCCUCACUGAGGGCCAAGUGUUGGCCAUCACCAAACCCACCGGCAGGCACUGUGUGGUCUGCGUGGACCAUCUCCACAAAGGACAGUCCCUCCUCCUCUACAAUGGCGUCAGCAAGUGGCGAGCAGGGAGUAAGUGCCAGCGGAGGUCCUCACUGGCUGCUGGCAGCCAAUCCAUGAGGAUGCUGGUGGCCCAGACAGAGAAGAUGGCGCAGAAUUGGAGAGUGGGGCUGGAAGCAGCCCUCGGCCCGGGGGGGGGGGUCACCCUGGCCAUGGCCGGGUCCCACUCACGCGUGGCAGAGUUCGGGAUGCAGAAGGAGCGGGAGGACCGCUACUCAUUCGCCAGCACCGAGCUGCGCUGCGUGCACUACUGGAUCUCAGCUUCACCUAAACCCAGACCGUCCCCCCACUUCCUCCAUGCUGUUCGAUCCCUCCCACCCGACUUCACCCCCGCCACCGCCCCAGAUUAUGCCGACCUCUUGGCCGCCUAUGGCACCCACUACGUCCACUCGGCCCAACUGGGCGGCCUCCUCCGCUCCAUCACUGCCAUCCGCUUGUGCCGCGCCGCCAUGAUGGGCGCCGGCGCCCAAGAAGUGGCUGAUUGUUUGGGUGCAGAAAUGACAGCCAACGUGAAGUCAACCACGUUCAGCGCCAUGUCCAGUGCGUGCCGCAAAGACAAAUCAAAAAACAGCGCCCACAGCGCCUUCAAUCAACUCUUUAAUGAACGGAUGGUGGAGGUGGAAGGUGGCGAGCAACAUGGCGACCUCCUCUACGGCACAUCACAGAACUAUGCCGAGUGGUUGAGAUCCCUGCAACGCCUGCCUGGGUUGGUUGCCUCUAACGUCAGGCCUCUGCACACCUUGCUGCCCCGCCAGGACCCACGCCGGGGAGCACUGAAGGCGGCCAUCGGUCACUACAUCUCAUGGAGAGCAUUGAGGGCAAACUGCAGCCAACAGUGCGCUGCUCACGGCAUGGUUGGGUUGUGUCAGUGCGGGUGUGCAGCCAACAGCGUGGUCAAUGCCGACUGCUGUUCCAAACACCAUGGGAUGGCACGGGUGACAGUGACAGUGCAGGAGGGCAGGGGGUGGCACGGUGACGUUUUCACCGCAACCGAUGCGUAUGUGCGGCUGUACUUCAAUGGUCAGCGGCUACGGACAGCAACGGUGUGGAACAACAAUCGGCCCAAGUGGGGUGCACAGUUCGAUUUGGGGUGGGUGACACUGCACCCGCAUCAAAAGAUGAAGCUGGAGGUGUGGGAUCAGGAUCAUGGGUGGAAUGACCACCGCUUAGGGGUGUGCGAAGAACCGGUGCAGGCUACAGGCAAACAGCAGCGCAACGUUGUGUGUUUCCCAGGAGGCGGUGACCUGAGAUUCAGCUACAGUGCCACGUGUGGGCCAAGCCUGGGGGGUUCUCAAUGUUCAGAGUACAUUCCACAGCCCCCCAAAAGACAAGGGGGGCUCUACAGGUUGUCACAGUGGCCACCAAAGACUGGAGGUGGUGGCCCUGUGGCAUGGCCACAGCACAAGGAGGAAGAGGAGGCGGAGAAUGAGGAGGAGGAGGAGGAAGUGGAAAAGGAAGAGGAUGAGGAAGAGGAAGAGAAUUUUUGGGAGGUACCAGGGGUUUCUGAGGACAAUGAGAUGAUGGUUGAGAACAAGGACCACCAAAAUCCAUCACCAGAUCUCCAAAAUCCAUCAUUCAACCCUCAAAAUCUAUCAGUGGGUCUCAAGAAGGAUCCAGAUCCACAGAUUGCAUUUCCACGCUAUGGAAAUGCAAUUCCAGCUCCUCCAAUCCUAUGAC